AACCGAAUGCACGAGUCUCUUAAAUUAUUUGAUUCAAUUUGCAACAAUAAGUGGUUUACUGAUACGUCCAUAAUUCUAUUUCUCAAUAAAAAAGAUUUAUUUGAAGAAAAAAUUAAAAAGUCUCAACUCACUGUUUGCUUCCCAGAAUAUAACGGCCGUCCCGACUACCACGAAGCUUCCGCCUACAUCCAAGCCCAAUUCGAAGCCAAAAAUCGUUCUACAAAAAAAGAAAUUUAUUGUCACAUGACUUGUGCUACAGACACCACAAACAUUCAAUUUGUAUUUGAUGCCGUAACAGAUGUUAUAAUCGCCAAUAAUUUGCGAGGAUGCGGCCUAUAUUAAAUUAAAAAUAAUUAAUUAUUUUUGUUUUUUGAUCUUUAAAAAAUUUUGUUUUCUUAAAAAUAGUAUUUACUUAUAUAUUUUAAAUUUUAGAGAGGGUUACAACAAGAAUUUGAAAAAAAAUAAUUUUUGGAAUUUUGUUGGAUUUCAAAUUAAAAUUUUUUCCUAAGCGAGGUAAAUGCCCAGCUCGUCCUCAACCCGUCCGCAACAACUUUCUGCAAAACACGCAUUUUUGCAGAAAAUCACUUGCGGACAUGUUGAGGACAAGCUGGCCAUCUACCCUUAGAUAGUAACCCUUGUUAGUAAAUAAUUUACAUAUUGACUUUAUUCAAUGUUUAUUUAAAAAGGAAAACAAUUGCUUUGAAAAAAAUGUUUUGGGACUAAAAAUUUUUGCGGAUAAAAUUUGUGAAUCUGAAUUACCCCUUAAAAUAUCUUGAAAAAAUUUCUUAGCGAUUGUUUUAAUUCUGCCUCUUUUCACAUUCUCUAUAUUGAUAAAUUUAAUAGAAGGGCAAAGAUUCUCGAUGUUUUUGAUUAGGGCUGGUCAAAUCUAGUUUGGAAUAGGUCAUUCGUUUUGACCAAGUUUAAUGGCGGGAAUUUUAAAGAAAUCCGUGUUUUUUUAAGAAAGCAGGCAGACCUAGUCGAAAUCGUUAAAUGCGGGACGAACUGGUAUGGUUCGAUGCUGCUCUUCGAGCUAAUCAAACCAUAACGGGCGGCCCGGAUUUGACAAUUUUGAAUCGAAGUUAUAUCUCGGUUGUAUAUCGGGUAUACCUUUUUCUUAAAUUU